CUUCUUUCUACAUAACACUUUUGGACGAAAGACAAGAGGAUUGACACACGGGCCGUGCACGAAUAGUUGAGGUAAGUGCGGACAAAGGACUGGAGAAGGAAGGGCUUUUCUUCUUGGAUUCCGGGUUACUGGAACACGACACGGUGUGCCACGAUACGGAGUGGUGGUGAGGAAGGAAUGGAGGAGAGGAUGGACGAUGAGUGUAGGCAAUUGUGCCGGGCUUACUGUUCGAUGUUGGGCAUGGACGGAAGGGAAGACGGGAUGGAGGGGCCGAAGCUGUUCAUGUGGGUAGGUGAGGCUGGCUGGACCGCGCUGGAGGCGUUGACAGAGAAGGAGAGGGCAGAGGCCUGUGGAGACCUGGAGAGGGUGGUGCGAUACUGCAAUGAGGCAGAUCCGGGUAGUGAUGUGACGGCGACGGAGGGAGGCGUCUUGUUGUUGUGCUGGGCGGUCAAGCACGGGAUACCACUGAGUGGUUCGGACUGGGGGGCAUGGAGUGAUGAAGACCCCUACUUGUUGGGCCGGAGUCUGGAGAGACAGGCGUUGUGUGGUUACCUGGUUCGUGGAGGCAGGUUGCCGGGCACGGAGGACAGCCGCGCUGAUGGGGUAGCGGCGGAUGAGUACUUGUGCAGGCUGGCGCUUUGUGAGGAGUGUCCGGGGCACGAUGCUGUGCGGACAUGGGACCACUUGGUGGGCGUGCAUUGGACUGUCGAGGAUGCUGACAUUGCGAGGCUACUUUUUGUCGCCUACAGUUUGUCGGCGGUUGUGGAGCAGCUGUUUCCGCGUGGUGGAAAACAGGCAGAACUUUCUGGUCUGGUGUGGAAGCUGUUCGGUGAGCCGGACUUUGAGUCUCCGGGGAGGGCGAGGGCCCUUCUGGCAUUGUCCUUGGCUUGAGGCCAGUAGAGUAGGUAGAAGAGGUCGCGGGUGCAGUGACGGGACAAAACAAACCCUUCCAAGAUGCGUGCGGCUGAAGCAUGCUUUCGGUCUGGUACCGAUAAACGCGUUAAAAAGAUGGUCUUGAUUCCGGAUCAAAGGGGGGUAUGGGGGCACAGCCCCUGUUGCACUCGUCUGUCGAAGACAGGCGGGGUGUUCAGCUGCCAGAAUGAUGAACAUGUAGAUAAACGGGGUGCAAUAAAAAGGCUGU